AUGGUGUUUAUACAAUUGCGACAGGGCGAUCCCGUGCAAAUAGUCCAGGGGGUGCUGAAUGGAAGCGCGCAACUGCCCUGCGACACACAGACGUCCCUCGCGAACGACACCGCCCUGUUGGUGGUGUGGUACAAGAAUGAUUUACCGAUUUACAGUUAUGAUGGACGAGCUGCUGUAACAUCUGGAAAUGGCUUAAAAUUUUCUUCAGUUUCCCCAACACAACGCAGUUCCCAUUGGAGACUUCCAGAACUGCAAGGAAGAGCUUAUUUUAGGACAAUCACUGAACCAUCAGCUCUGAAAUUGGAUAACUUAAGAGAAUCUGACGCUGGUGAAUACCGAUGUAGAGUUGAUUUUCGUACUAGCCAAACUAGAAAUAGGAGAGUAGAACUUCAAGUUGUCGUUGUGCCAAUGAGACCUAUUAUUUUCGAUGACAAAGGACGAGAUGUCACCAAAUUUGUUGGACCAUAUGAAGAAGGUGCUGAUAUGAAAUUAACAUGCAUGGUCUCUGGAGGUAAACCAAGGCCUUCAGUGAGAUGGUGGCGUAGCGAGACUCUGGUAGAAUCAACGGAUUCCAGUGAUGGAUUUCCGAAUUUUCCCCAGGUGCGCGCAAACACCUUACUUGUUAGAUCAUUGACGAGACAAGACCAUGGGGUGACUUACACCUGUCAAGCAUCGAAUACAAAUCUGGUUCCACCGAUGUCUGCUACUGUGGCUGUGCAGAUGUACUUGCGUCCUCUUUCUGUGGAGAUAACCAACAACCCUCAACCUUUAUCUGCGGGCAGAUCUUAUGAAAUUCCUUGUCAAUCUGUGGGGUCGCGGCCGCCGGUGAGAAUAACUUGGAGUCUGGGUGGAACUGAUUUAUCUACACAUGUCCAAAAUGAUACAAUCGAUGGAAAUGUAUCAAUUUCAACUUUAACAUUUACUCCAAGACGUGAAGACAAUGGUAAAACCUUAGUAUGCACCGCACUUCAUCCAUAUUACCACAAUAUUAGUGCCACUGGAAAUCCUAUGGUAGGCAUCGGGAUGAAGGAUUUCCAACAUGCCAUUGUCCUUAACGUUUAUUAUAUGCCAAUGCUGAAUCUUUCUCUUGGUGCCAACAUGAACCCUGAUGAUAUCGAAGAAGGCGAUGAUGUGUAUUUUGAUUGCCAAAUGGAUUCGAAUCCUUAUGCUUACAAAGUAGUUUGGAAACACAACGGUCAACCAGUUGUCCACAAUCCAAAAUUGGGCAUAGUAGCAAAAAGUAAUGCUUUGGCUCUUCAGAAAAUUAGACGGGAUCAAGCUGGAAAUUAUAGUUGUGUUGCUUCCAACGUAGAAGGCGAUGGAAGUAGUGAAGCUGUUUCUUUGAGAGUAAUGUACAAACCAAUCUGCAUGCCAGAACAAAAAAGAGUGUAUGGUGUGGCGCGCCAAGAAAUUGUUAAAAUCCGUUGCGACGUCGAAUCAUUACCAAAACCAAAUACCUUUCGAUGGGCCUUCAACAACAGUGCGGAAUCCAUAGAAGUUCCUAGAACAAGAUUCACUGUAAAUUUAAACCGAUCCAGUUCUACGUUGUCGUAUCAACCUUUAAGUGAAAUGGAUUUUGGUACUGUACUAUGUUGGGCUGCCAAUACUGCAGGAUUGCAACGAGAGCCCUGCGUCUACCAUGUGAUUGCUGCAGGAAGACCAGAUCCUCCACAUAAUUGCUCCAUGCUGAAUCAGACUGUCGAUUCUUUGGAAGUUGACUGCAUGGAAGGUUUUGAUGGUGGCCAAACCCAAAGAUUUCAAUUAGAAGUGUACGAUCAAAAUACUGGAUUCCUUAGAGCAAACUUAUCAUCUCUGCGACCAACUUUUCUAAUUGGAAGUCUAGAGUCAGGGGUUGCCUAUGCAGUUUUGGUAUAUUCUGCAAACCAGCGAGGGCGUAGUGAACCUGUCCAAUUAGAAGGAUUUACGUUGAAAUUGGCUGAAAAACAAACAAGUGCUGCAUCAGGAUUUGCAAUAUCAACAUCAGCAGUAUUAUCAUCAAUUCUGGGAAUAAUAUGUAUGAUACUAUUAGUAGUUUUACUCGUAUUUGGGGCAUCUAUUGUUCGAAGACGAUUUCCGAAGUUAUUAGCUCGACGUCCAUCUGCCGUAUUGGUAACUGGUGGUGGAGGUGCUGGAGGUCGAGGUUUAGGUGGCGGUGGUGGCAAAGAUAAAACUACGGUGGCCAGCAGAGGAUUAGUCGUUGGGAAUAUGCGAGAUGAUCCGCCACUUUAUGACGAAAGGAAUCCAGAUGUGGUACCUUAUGAUAAAGAUCUAGAAUACAAACAACCAUUAACCCAGCAGAUACCAAUGGGAAGUGCUAGUAAUGGUAUUAGACCAGGAAGUAAACCGGGACAAAUUUACUCUGAAUCCGAUGAAGAUUUAAGGAGAAGAACUUCACCGCCUAGGCUUCAGAGCCCUUCAGGAUUGAAAAACGUAGGUUUAGUAACUAGUGUUAACUCCCUAAGAAGUGUGGCGAACGACUAUGGUGGAGAACCACCUGGCACCUUCACGCAAAUGGAGACUUGUAGACAGGUGACGUCCCCAUUGGUGUCUCCAGUGUCCAGUCUGUCGGUGUAUCCUUCAGGUCGACCAUUCAGAGAAGUGGUGACAGUGCGAACACCUUUGAUGGGAACGCAGCAAGAAAGUUGUGUUUAAAAAUAUCCAAAUAUAAAAUUUUGCAAAAUAGUAAACUAUCAAAAACCAUAAACAAUAUCGC